AUGAGCCCAGUUGAGAGGCUGGGGCUUUUGGAGCAGAUCACCGCCUUCGUGUCAGCUAUGGCCCUAUCGGAGUCGCGGAGCUUUUGGCCUUGCUACCGGGGCCAUCUGCUCUUGCCGCUCAUCCCGCGAUUUCACGAAAGCCUUCCGGCCUUUGCUUGGCCGUCCUUGGGUGGUUCCAAGAAGGUCACGGACGUCGUCCUGCUGUCUGCAGCCCCCCAGCCCAAACCCGUCAAGAAGGGCCCGCCUGUUUUGAUGCGAGCCGCGACGGCGCUACAAGCCAACUGGGCAGAUGCUGUCCGAGAUCUUCGGGAAACUGCUGGCCGACUGGCCGUUCAUGGCGACGAGCUGCUGCGAACCGUCCGCGAGGCCCUUUCGCUGGUCCGGGAGAUGCUCUCCCGGAGUCCGAGCGAAGCGAUCUCCAAGGCGGCCUUGCAUGGUGCCGAGUCGGCCUUGGAGGGAGUGGCGCCGAAGAUCGAGGAAUGGCAGGGUGCUGCUGCAGAGGCGAUGAACUGGGUCACGCAGGAGGACGUGCGACAGAAGGCCGGGGCAAUGCUCUCAGAAACACAUCCCGAGGGCAUGUUGAUUGUGCAGGAGCGAGUGGCCACAUCGCGGAGCAUUCAUCAAGCGUUGAAAGAGGCCUGUCGAACAGAGCUCGUUUGA